GGCAAUGUCACGUGAUACGGAAGGGAAUUCCCCGACUGGAGUAUUCGGGAAGCAUUCAGAGUCAAGUCGCUCGCCUCACACGAAGACAGCGCUACGUUGUCAACAUCUCUGCCACUCCUCCGCCAAAUAUUAUGGGGAAUGAAGACAAACAUUGCUGCCCAAACUGUAACCAGGAACAUGUGUUCUCCGUCACAAUAAACUACCAGCAUGACAUCUAUAUUCUACAAGUGCCCCCGAAUCAUGCCCUCCGCAUCAACACCAUCCUACACAUGUACGAGGAGCACGAGCCCCGCCCCGUUCAACCGGAACCUCCUCCAGGGUUGAAGGUCAGAGUGGAGUCCACCGAGAUAUCGUCCAGUAGUGAGAAGGUUGUUGUCCGACACAAUAUCUGGAUCGAAGAGGUUCCACUCAAUGCAACCACAGUCGAUGUGCAUCUGUAUGUGAAGAAGAAGAUCCCCAACAACAUGAGAUACCCGGAUGCACUUGUAGUUCUUGAGGAUGGACUGUUGACGGAGUCCCCUCGUAUUGGACAGAAGGAUGUGAUCGAAGAAAGCUUCCCUUUUGGAAAUUCCCAAGGACAGAGGAGGGUGGACAUCAUUAGGAAUACAAGGUCCAGCAUUGACCACCGUCCAACACCACCACCCAGACGUCCAGCCAAGGCAGAUCGGUCUCAUCUGCUGAAAGAGCUGGAUGCCUUGAGCAAGAUCGUGGACUGGGUGGAUGCAGUGUCCAGAAAAUACAAGUGUCCCACUUUAGCUGACCAGAACCAGAACCAGUGAGCAGAGGAAGCACCGAUAGAGGAAUGACCGUAGGUCAUCAAACUAACCAAAGUCCAUCACACCACCUGUUCAUGGAAACCGCCAGGCACUCCCACACUCCCUGGAAUCACUCUUACCUGUUCAAGGUAUUACGCGGGGGAGUGGAAAGGUCUUGUCUAUGAUUAGUGGUCUCUUGAUCAAUGGAACUGUCAAUGCAUCACACUUUUCCACGGCUGGAGGACAAUAUAUUGAUAACAAGUUGAAAUAAGAAUAGUAACUUUAAUGUCAUACCAUCCUUCUAAAUUGAUCAGACAGGCAUACCGAUGAACCACAUGUCGGUAAGUCCUUCUGGGCAACCUAGGAAACGGUGGCCUUACUAUUGCAAUAGUUUGACACUAGUGUUAAUGGCUAUUAAAAAACUCUUGCAGUAGCAAUAAAUUUCAAUAGUCAGCCCUGUGGUAAAUACUAAAGGACCUGAGCCUGCUUUGAUGCUUUGUUGAUUUUGUUAUAUCAAAUAUAUAUAUAAAUAGGCAGGUUUUUUUGUAAAUAUGAGACAUUUUGUAUUUCUUCACAUAAAUUGACAUUAUACGUGUAUAGCUUGAAGGGUGCGAUGCGUGCUUUUUUCUCCACUGCACAUAGUGCAAGCUGCCGUUAACGUACUCACUGCACAACCGAUAAAUUGUCUGCACAACAUACUUUACAGGAAAAUUAUAACAAAAAGACAUGAUCUUUGAAAAUGUUAGUUACUCAUCAUAGGACAUGUUUGUUAUAUUUCACUUUAAGUGUCUGUGUUUUAUGAUAAGUUGGGGGCACGGGUGGCCAAGUCGUCUAAGGCGCCGCUACUCGCUGUGCAUAGUUGCGUCCCUUGGGAACGCCAGAAACCUAUGAUCGUGGGUUCGUAUCCCGGUUCACCUCACUUAUGU